AGAGAGAUAGCCAGCCCAGUUAAACAAGAUCGAAGGGAAGAUUAAUGGCGUCCACCACUUUGUUCUCCACCUUGGCGCCAUCGUCCUCCGUGCAGAAACACCACCACCAUGCCCAAGCACAUCUCACUUCUGUCCCAUCUCAUCAAUGUUUCCAGGGGCUGAGACCCAUGAAGCCCACAGAUGCGGCUCAGCUGAUUUCAUCAUCCUCGGCCAGCAUCAGCGGCCGUAAGAAUUCAAAAUCGAACUCGAAAUCGUACAAGAGAGGGAUUUGCAGAGCUGAGCUGAAUCCUUCGUUGGUGAUAAGCUUGAGCACAGGGUUGUCGCUGUUCCUUGGGAGGUUCGUGUUCUUCAAUUUCCAGAGAGAGAACGUGGCGAAACAAGGGCUUCCAGAACAGAACGGAAUGACCCAUUUCGAAGCAGGGGACACCAGAGCCAAGGAGUACGUUAGCCUUCUCAAAUCCAAUGAUCCCGUUGGCUUCAACAUAGUCGACGUUCUCUCCUGGGGAUCCAUCGGCCACAUCGUCGCCUACUACAUCCUCGCUACUUCCAGCAAUGGAUAUGACCCCAAGUUCUUCGAUUGAUCAAUUUUUAUUUUUUCAA